GCUCGGCUGAAACGGUUCAAACAUCAGGGGGAAAACUAAAGCUCCUGAAAAUAAAGUGAGACUUCUCCAAAGUGACCGUUUUUCAAAGCCGGAAACGCUCGGCGUUACUGAAGCAGCACGUUCAGAGAUGAUUUCAGUUCAGCUGCUUGCGUUUCUCAGACUUGAGCGAGGAUGUGGUUGUGGCUACGAGACGUGCGCGCAUGCACGCGGGCCUUUCAUACCCGUGCGACGGCGCUCCAGUUGUGGGACCGCGCUCCGCCGCCGACACCGAAGCCCACAGGAAAUGGAAAAUGGUUUGCAAUUUCUCAAAACUGACACUGAGGCAUGCGGAGGUGAACUGCGGCGCCACUUCCCCUUUCACACGUCCGUCAGAGGUCAAAUGCAGCCCUCCCUCCCCACAGAGGGGCUUUUAUGCUCCAGAGGAAUUCCUUGUCUGGGACGGGGACGACUGGACGGAGGAAGGCCUCCCAGCGGAUCAGCGACCAGCGCUGGAACGAGGGCUCAGUCCUGAACGUGAAACUGUCCCGGGGGCGUGAAAGAGUUCUUCACAGAUUAUCUGUGGGAGAGCUGUGCGUCUGCCCGUUGAACUUGAGUGUCAUUAAGGAGGAAUCCGAAGCAUGCCAUUAGACGACUCAUCAGGAACGGUGACGGUGGAGGGACUGAGCUUCCAGCUCCAGGAGCUGAAGGUAAACUCUGAGAGAAAAGUGACCCUCCGUGACCCGGACUGACCUUCAGAAAAUGAACAGAACAAACUCACACAGGUGUUUAACACACACAUUCCCAAAAGCAGGGGAAGAAGCUGGUGUUUCCCACAUGUUUCAAGGACGGGACGACGAAUGGAAGCGUCCAGGUGUCUGAUAGCAGCAGAUGUUUGGAAUCAAUCGUCCUUGUGAUAGUGCAAGACACAACAGCAAUGGGGGGAAGGAUUCCCACCCCUCCUUCCUGACGGGCCUCUCAUUCGGUGAGGCACUCUGCAGCCGUCAGACGGAGCAGGACGCCGGCGAGCCGGGCGCCAUGGACAAGAAGGUGGUUCUCAUCACGGGCUGCUCCUCUGGGAUCGGCCUCAGCCUCGCCGUCCGGCUGGCCUCGGAUCCCGACAAGACAUUCAAAGUCUAUGCCACCAUGAGGAACCUGGCCAAGAAGGAGCGUCUUCUAGACUGUGUCAAAGGGCUGCACAGGGACACUCUGGACAUCCUCCAGAUGGACGUAACCGAGCAGAAAUCCAUCCUGGAUGCACGAGAGAGAGUUGUGGAGAAGCGAGUUGAUAUAUUGGUGUGUAACGCCGGUGUCGGUUUAAUGGGGCCGCUGGAGGCGCAGUCUCUGGACUCCAUGAGGCAGAUCCUGGAGGUCAACCUUCUGGGCACCGUCCAGACCAUCCAGGCCUUUCUGCCGGGGAUGAAGGCUCGGGGACGGGGCCGCAUCCUGGUGACGGGCAGCACGGGGGGGCUCCACGGUGAGACGGACCGAUGGUUCAGAAGACGCGUGCAGAGUUGUGCUCUAAAGCAAACCGCUGUUCUCUCAGGUCUCCCCUUCAACGAGGUGUACUGCGCCAGCAAGUUUGCAAUAGAAGGCACGUGUGAGAGUCUGGCUGUCCUCCUGCAGCACUUCAACAUACAAGUGAGUCUCAUCGAGUGUGGUCCGGUCAACACGGACUUCCUGGUCAACCUGCAGAAGGCCGAGCUGGGAGACGAGGCCCUGCAGGAGGUCGACGCCCAGACUCUCAGUCUUUAUGAGAAGUACCUGCAGCACUGCAGCACCGUCUUCCAAAACGCUGCACAGGACACCGAGGACAUCGUGAAGGUGUUUCUGGACGCCAUCACCUCACCCAGCCCUUCCUUCAGGUACUUCACCAGCGGCGACAUGCCGCCGCUCGCCAAGCUGAAGGUCACGGAUCCCGGCGGACUGCAGUACAUCGACGCGAUGAGCAGCAUCGUCUUCACCGAGCAGGCGCAGUAACGCCGCUCCCAUCUGUUCCUUUAACCGAUGUGUGCCGAGUAUCGAUUUGUUUCUGUAGCUCUGACCAACCAAAUAAAGUCGACUCGCUCUGACGCGUUGUUGUCGCCCAGCUGGUGACGGUUUCUGUGAGUUUAAAGGUUUUGGGAGUUCACAGGAAGGAGUGACUCACUGUUUGUUUUUCCAUUAGGUAGAAAAAUGAGUUGUACUUGUCACAACAACGAAAUACUCAUUCAGGACUGUUUUAAUACUUUUAUUAGCACUGCUUGACAGAAAUGUGUUAUUUGAUUUGAUAUUUUAAAUGUAUUGGAAGAUUUCUCUAAUUUUAGAAGUUAAAAUGAAAAUUCUGAAUAAAUG